AUGGCAACCCCUCGUCGUAAUGGUCAGCUAUCAUCGUGCGAGCCGUGUCGCACAUCGAAACUGCGAUGUGACCACACAAGUCCCGUCUGUGGACGUUGCUCGCGCCGUGGUCUUCACCAUCGUUGUGUCUACCAUCCAGCGCCGUUGACGAACAAGCCCCCCGCCAUACACCCAAAAACGAAAAAGCGCCGUGUAGCCCAUGAAAAGGAUGUAUCAAACCUAUCAAGCUCAUCGGCAAAUGAAAAAGAUGGCUGGACUCAAAAAAAGUCAUCUGUCUCCGCCCCGGGGUUUCUAGGUCAAACUAGUUAUUCUGAUGUGUUCACAGACACCCAAAGCGGCCUGCAUAUUGAAAACUUGUCAAUGCCAGGCCAUGAUACGGGGACGCCCGUCGAUACGAGACGACUCAAUCUCGGUGCUCAGGUACUGGAUCUGGUGACUGCACGUUUCAAGAUAUGGAAAGGAUGGACUAUCGGUUGGCCAAUCGCGAAUAUGAUCUUUACUUUAGUUGAAGAAAUGUGGAAUGACCUGGACUACGACGGCAUGGAUCUCUUUCAACAAACUCUCCUGAUGUCUGGGAAACUCUUUGAAACCCACACCCAGCCUUUGGAAAUACAGCCCGGUAUGAGCUGGGAAGAUUUCAAGUCUGCAUCAUUUGGCAGAUGGGAAGUCAUUGGCCUCCUGUUCGUUCUGACGGGAAUCGCCACGGAUUGGAUCCCUCAUGACGAUCCUCUAUUUACACGCCAUGGUGCGAUGGAUGCGAGAAGGCUCGCUAUCACAGCCACCGCGGUGGGUGACACAUGUCUGGAAUUCUGCGAUAGCAGCGGCAUACUCAACGAUAUUACUUCGCUCCUUGCAAUAGUCUAUGGUGAAAGCGAUUUCCGGCCUUGGAGAAAGCUCGGAGAGCUUUCGACCACAGUAUUUGCCCUAGGCCUCCACCAAGACUCAAGCGCAGAUGCCCCGUUCUUCCUGGCUGAAAUGCGUAAAAGAACGAUGGUCGCAGCAUAUACAGUCGAUAAGGUUCUUGCCACCUUCCUUGGUCGACCACCCCUCAUCAGCUGGCGCUAUUGUGACAUACAAAUGCCGCUGGAUUUGAGCGUCGAGGAAAUAUUCGCCGAUCCUUCCUUUCGAGACGCUGCAAUCAGUAGGUUGGAUCAACGUACCGGAUGGAGCCAAGAAGCAAGUGUGAUGAAAGGCGCUUGGCCUCGAGUUGCUUUUAUUACGGGUGUUCUUCGCGAGAAAGUCCUCGAGCUUUCAUUGAGCUGUCGCACGAUUGAUCUAAGUCUUCGAGUCAAGAACCUAUCACAAGAAUGCCGCCAAGAACGACAAUCGUUGCCUGACUUCCUUCAUUGGAACUCUGACAGCGAUGGAUCCGCCGCGUUCGGAGUAGAGGAAGAGCUUCUUUUCGAUAUAUAUAUGGAGUUCCUUUAUAAUGAUUUCCUACUAUAUAGGACCCUAGCACAACGCACGGAGACCGAACCCGAGGCCAUUAUCGAUAUCUCGCGAGAAAUAUUGAGUGCAGUGAUCAUUAUGGUAUCGAGAAAGAUUCGCUCCGGACAAUCCAUUAAUGGUCGCAUGGGAAACAUGUGUUUGUCGGGCCUGCCUUCGGCCGGUGUACUUUCUGUGGAGCUGCUGCGUCAAACUCGAUCCGCGCUACGAUCAACUUCGCUUAUUUUCCCUCGCUCGGAGAUUAUUCAGAAUCUUACCCUUUUUGCCUCAUACUUAGACGGCAUGGUUUCCCCUCAGGACGGGAACUAUCGUGUUGCACAACAGGGACAGAGGGCAAUCCGACAUGUCUUGAACCAAGUGCUCUCUGUGAACAGUGGUCCUUGCAACAUAGCAACGGAUACUUCCCAAGGCAAUAAACCAGCUCAGGACGACAACUUGGUUCAUGAUAUGAAUGCCGAUGAUGACUUAUUUCUCAGUUGGUUUGAUGGGAAUAUGGCACAAAUGUCUGAAUCAUGGCUGGCAUGGGUCAACUUCACAUGA